AUGGUCCGGCAUGUGAUCAAGGGAAUUCACCACAACCCGGUCGUUGCUCCACUUUACGUGUCUCCUUCGGCGGACAUACUGAUCUCUGGAGAUUCUCGGGGUUCUGUCGUUCACUGUCGGUAUAACAGUACGCUAAACGCAUAUCAAUCAUAUGUAUUGACUGUCGUGCCCGGCUCCGUGCGUGAUUUGAAACUGAUUCAGGGCAGUUUGUUGUUCCUCACCUGUUAUCCUUUUCCCAACGAUCGUGUAUGCGAUGAAAUGGAUGAAGAUACGGUCGAAGUGAUUCACGAACGCGGGCCCUUGCACUUCCUAUACGAAAUCGCAUCCCGCAAACUGAUCAAAUUAGAUCUGAUCAAAUUACUUCCACCGGAACUGAAUCUCACGUGA